AUGGCUCGAGCCAAUCGCCCAAAGCAGACUGUGAGCUUUCUUACCAAGCAGUACGCGAAAGAUUGUCUAACCUAUGAGAUCACCUGUCCUUUUUGCAUGGGAAACGAGCAUAUGACGCCCAAGGCGAUCUUAGAGUACAAAUCUCUUCGCGAUCCCAAUGCCUGGGAUCUCAGAGUCAUCCAGAACAAAUAUCCAGCAGUGACUCCGCUCACAUGCCUCAACGCGACCAAAGACAACCAUCAUCACAUCUUUGCAGACGGGAGAAUAACAAACAAUGAGAUGCCGGCAGUUGGGCAUCACGAAGUGUGCAUCGAAAACCCACAGCACAACUACAUCAUAGCAACAGGGAAUCGUGAAUCAUUGGAUUUCAUGGUGAGAGCGUGGAUGGAACGCAGCGCAGAUCUGCACAAAGACCGCUUCGUGAAGCAUGUCAUGCUGUUCAAGAACAACGGAGGCACGGCAGGGGCUUCUCUCCUGCAUCCUCACUCGCAGAUCGUUGCUCUACCUGUGAUUCCCCGGCAGGUUGAAGUUCAAAUGAAGGUUUGCGAGGAGUUUUACACCAAGCAUGGCAAGUCUGUCUUCGUGCAGAUGGCUGAGGAAGAGCUGGAGGCUGGGGAGCGAGUGAUCGAAAGGAACGAGCACUUCAUGGCGUUCGUGCCUUUCGCUGCGAUCUGCCCGUUCGAGACGUGGAUCCUUCCCCUCAAGAGCCUCGCACAGCAUCAGGCGUACUUCCAUGCUAUGUCCGAGGAAGAGAGGAAAUCUUUCGUUGCGAUCUUGCACAGAACGAUGAGAAGAUUGCACAUGGUCUUGGACGAGCCGAACUACAACCUGAUCGUCUGCUCCGCUCCUGUUCCAAACCGAGUCGGGUCCGCCGCAUACAAUUUCUCAGUCUUCUACUCCUGGCAAUGUCGAAUCUUUCCGCGUUUGGGCGCAGGAUCCAUGGCUGGCUUCGAAUUCGGGUCUGGAAUAUUCAGUAACAGCAACCUUCCUCAUCUUGAUGCCAGCAUGCUCCGCGAUGUGCAGUUGUGA